GGCCGGUUUCACAUGUAUAUCCAUUCACAAGGCUGGUAUCACACAUGUAUAUCUAUUCACGUGCUGUAUUCAAAUACAAUACGUCACAUCACUUCACUUCACACAGAGAACAAUACAUUGCUUCACGACAGAUAGAAAUUGUAUGUAACCACAUAGUCGGCAGCUUGCGUUGCGGAUGAAGCUCUGUAUUCUAGUUAGUUGUAGCGUGUGAGGUUUAAAGGUUCGUUGACGGCAUAACUAUCCCGGCUUAAUUUCAUAAUUCGUAUACUACCCGCUUACAUUUAUACGCCUCUACGUACACAUCAGCACAUCUACAUACACAUAAACAUACACCAUGGAUGUCUUUGGAUUAAGGAUGGAACCCUGGCAAGGCAUAUUCAUCUUGUCGCCGGUUGUCACAUACUAUACGUCGUGCAUAGCAUUUGGUAUCAUGGACUGUAUGCCAUCAUUCGAGAAGUACCGUGUGCAGCCGAAGUUCGAGGAGAAGAGGAAUAAGAUCUGUUGGAAGGACGCGCUCCCUUGGGUUAUAUUACAGCAUGCCAUGCAGAUAUUUGCCGGCAUCAUGUUUGUGCAAUUCGAGGACUACUCGGAAGACUUCGACUCGUGGCUGGCGGUGGUACCGAAGUUUGUAGUAGCUGCCCUUGUCAUGGACACGUAUCAGUACUGGAUUCACCGGUGGAUGCACAUUAACAAAUGGGCCUUCGAGCACUUUCACUCAUGGCAUCAUCGCCUGCAUUGUCCUUAUCCCAUUGGAGCCCUGUACAACCACCCGCUCGAAGGGUUUGUGUUGGAUGCCGGGAGCGGUGCUCUAUCUGUGGCCGUUGCUGGGCUUGAUCUUCGAGCCGCGAGUCUGUUUGUCUCAGUAUCCACCUUCAAGACUGUGUGCGAUCACGCGAACUACGACUUACCCUGGAACCCUAUGAAUAAGCUCUUCACCAACAAUGCUUCCUACCACGAUAUGCACCAUCAAUUGAGAGGUUUCCGGUUCAACUUCUCGCAGCCGUACUUCACUUUCUGGGAUGACAUCAUGGGCACCAAAAAAAUGCCCACCAGAGACGACCUCGUGCGGUGUGAGAAGCCGAAGACAGCUGUCAAAUCUGUGGCAAAAACGGAGACAGCCUCGACUAAGAGUGAUGCAGCUAAGAAGGCGGAAUAGACCCGGUAAUGGGGGUGAUCGCAGAGAUGGGAAAAGCGCGCGGACGUGUUUAAUGGAGAUACGUGUGUGACGACAAUGAGGGCUUGCGUGGGCAAGUGGUAGUCGUAGUAGGAAGUGAGCGGACACAUAUAUACGUAUGUAUAUAUACAUGUGUAUUUAUAUGUGUAUUUACAUAUGCAUGUGUAUUUACAUGUGUACAUGCAUGUGUCCACUUUUAUGUCUAGAGAGGUUGAUGUUGCGCCUGCAGGGAUGGGUGAGUGACAAUCGAUAACUUCGGACGCACCGUGAAAGUCAGUGAGGUUGGGAAGACGCCCGAAUGCGGCUGUAUCGCAUGUUGUACAUGCAUGCAUGCUUUUGCAACAGCGGGUGUCUGUCAGGAAUUAAUCUCCAGGUACAUGGGUGGGUGCACCACUACGCACGCAACCGUACGUAGUGGUGCAACGCCUGGUUGAUAGUUUAUGUGUGUUUAAAACUGGGUUAGUGAGACGUGUGGUAGCAGCUUACAGGUGUAGACUAGUCAUGGCGGGAGGGCGUUGGUAGAGGAAUAUAUAGGUCGAUUGCAAUUGGUAGAUACGAUGCAAUCGGAGCGAAGGUAGGAUGAUAACAGAAAUGACGUAAUAUAGUAAAACAGUGGAGAAGAAAUAAAUGUGGUCGAUAAAUAUGGCUGCCC